UACACCGCCAUUGCCAUUUUCCUCGUCGUGUCAAAUUGGGGUUUUGAUUCUGGCCUGGCGUUUCAUCCACAACAAUAUCACACGGUCCCAUACUGGGGGUUCUCGUCUAUAAGGACAACGUUGCUAGGGUGCUGAAUAAUCGUAGGCAUUGUUAAAUCCACAUCCUUGCGCUGUGUGAUGGCAGAGACAGACAAACUGAAUAUUGACAGCAUUAUCGCUCGUCUGUUGGAAGUUCGAGGAGCUCGGCCUGGCAAAAAUGUACAACUGACAGAAAAUGAAAUCAGAGGUCUGUGUUUGAAGUCCAGGGAAAUCUUCCUAUCGCAGCCAGUGUUGCUGGAGCUGGAAGCACCUCUAAAAAUAUGUGGUGAUAUCCAUGGCCAGUACUACGACCUGCUACGUCUGUUUGAGUAUGGUGGAUUCCCUCCAGAGUCCAACUACCUGUUCCUUGGUGACUACGUGGACCGGGGCAAGCAGUCAUUGGAGACGAUAUGUCUCCUCCUCGCGUACAAGAUCAAAUACCCCGAAAACUUCUUCCUACUACGGGGCAAUCAUGAAUGUGCUAGCAUCAACAGAAUAUAUGGCUUCUAUGAGGAAUGCAAGCGACGGUAUAACAUCAAGCUAUGGAAGACGUUUACCGACUGCUUCAACUGCUUGCCGGUGGCGGCGAUCGUGGACGAGAAGAUUUUCUGCUGCCACGGCGGCCUGUCGCCGGACUUGCAGAGCAUGGAGCAGAUCCGGCGCAUCCCGCGGCCCACAGACGUGCCCGACCAGGGCCUGCUCUGCGAUCUGCUCUGGUCCGAUCCCGACAAGGACACGAUGGGAUGGGGCGAGAACGAUCGCGGUGUAUCAUUCACCUUCGGAGCCGAGGUGGUGGCCAAGUUUCUGCACAAGCACGACUUCGACUUGAUAUGCAGGGCGCAUCAGGUGGUGGAGGACGGCUACGAGUUCUUCGCCAAGCGGCAGCUGGUGACGCUGUUCUCGGCGCCUAACUACUGCGGCGAGUUCGACAACGCCGGCGCUCUGAUGUCUGUGGACGAGACGCUCAUGUGCUCCUUCCAGAUCCUCAAGCCCAUCGACCGGAAAAAGAUCUACGGUGGCAUGAACUCUGGACGCCCGGUGACGCCGCCUCGCGGGGGCUUUCAGGGAAACAAUAAAAACAAGAAGAAAUGAGGGGCGGCCGCCUGCUAGCUCUGUCGUGGACUGCGUGAUCGCUCGGUAUAGACUCGGUGACGGCCCGUGCGCCUUGUGUAACCAAGUGAAAUGUAACUCGGAACGAAUUUGUUAGCACCUAUACUGGACAGUUUACAUGAUGCCAUUUCUCAUGUGCGUUGUACAUAAUGGCCUCCGUGCGGCGCCUCGCGUUGGUGCGGCGCCUGGGAGGGUUCGUCGGACACGUCGUCCACCGACGGCGGUUUGGUAGGACCUAUUUUCUCUCGAUUGUUACGGCGAAAAGACUGCGGGGGCAAGUGCGUUGCCGACUUCGAUGAAACCGCAUUUCAUUGUGACGCCGUUUGCGGCAGUAUUUUUUAUACCCGAUAGGUCAUGUGUCAGCGGUUUCGGUUACCGGAGAUACUGCUUGUAAACGCUCUGACCGUGCGGCGGUACAAAUGGUAGCGUCCUUGGUCGUCCCACUUGAAGCAUACGUGAUUGAAGCCGAUUGGACGAAGAAUUCCUCCGGAGGAGACACUGUUUUAACAUCAGCCCACCCGAGACAGUGCGAAGGAGAGUCCAAUAAAUGAACCAUCGAAUCAAC